UUGGGGUUACUUGCGCUCAGCCUGAUCUGAUCCUACAUGCGAGUUGAGUUGGAACAAGCUCAAACGAGUCGAGUCGAGUGAGUUUAUCGAGCUAGCUCGACUCGUGUACAGCUCUAGUCUCGAACACGAGAUCAAGCAGGACAAUUAACUACUUGCUCUAAAAGCUUGAAUUGAUAAAGCACGAGGAAUUAAUUCCUUUUAUCAUAGCCUAGGCCCCACAUCCAUGGGUUAGGUUCUCGGUUGAACCCUUAUCGUGGGCCCCAAAUCACAUGGGUUUUACCUCCUUAUGGGCCCUAAAUCACCUGGGUUCCAUCUCACACAAGCCACCUACCUCACAUCAGCUGCCCACCCCGAGUGUGUACUUGCAUCCCACAAGCCACCUCACUUAAGCCCAGUGUAAAAAUGCCCCUGCAUUAGCUAUUAAUGGGCUGGUUUGGUAUGUGGUCUGGUUCAUGGCAUAUGUAGGGUCCUUACUCAUGCUUGAGUGGUAGACUCACAAGAGUUUCAACAUGAGGUCAUGGGUUCGAGUACCCAUUAUGGUGAAAUCUCAUUGUGGCAUGAGUGUGUGCGUGCAUGUGGGGUGUGACUGUGUGUAAAAAAAAAAGAAAAAGAAAAAAAAGAGAGGCAUACGUACAUGAACUUGGCCCAAAUCAAGGUCCAAAGCAAUGGGCACCCAAAUCUGAGUAGAUCUGGGUCUGGGUCCCAAAAGGACCUAGGCCCAACAAGACCUCAAUCGAUCAGUCGUCGGCCCUACCAAAAUGUUAUGUGGAUAUAAGCAAAUCAAUCGAUGUGGGUGUAUGUAUGUAGUGGAUUCCUUUGAUAUAUAGCCCAAACAUAAAGCUUACCUGCUUUCAUAUGAAGCUAAGGAAAACAAAGGCAUCUGAGAAUAUAAAGAAUCUUACCUUCUUUUUAUUUGAAAAGGAAUUUCUUCUCUGUUAGUCCAUUCAUGGGGCUUCUCUUCUUUAGCUGGAAUCUUUGUUAUCAAGUGGUAUUUUGAAUUCCCAAGACCCAUUCUCAUGCUACUUUUAAAUAAAAUGAUUCCAUUUCACUUUUGUUUUCUUCUUUUCAGGUUUGUUGGAAGUCUUUUCUUUCAAUUGUAUUUCUUUAAAUUGUCAUUUCAUAUCGAAUUUUAGAAUCAAUUCUUUGUUGGGUUCUUGUUAAAUUCUUCAACUGUUGAAUAGGCACUAGUAAUUUCCUUUCUGCCAUCAGAUUCUCUUACCAAUUCCCUUUCACAUGAUUCUAGUCUCCAAGCAAAAAUGCCCCACUAAAACGGGUUUGUUUGAACUGAUUACGGAACCUUUGCAAAUUAAGAUCCUUUUGGCCUUAUUUGGACGCACACUUGACUUGAAUGGCAAAUGUUCAGUACAACCAAGACACAAUGACAAAAGCUAAUGGAAAGGAAUGGCGAAUGUUCAGAACAACCAAGACAAAGUUACAAAAGCUAAUGGCAUUUCCUAGUGUUUCCAACGAGAGUAGAGCAGUUUUUUUUUUUUUUUCUAGUCCAACUCGAAGGUAACAUAAUUGCAAUUUGGAGCCCUUCUAGUCCAAGUCGAAAGUAACAUAAUUGCAAUUUGGAGACCACAUCCUCAAUAUGAGGUUAAGGAGAUUACAAUUUGGUUAGUUCCUCUUUUAUUAGACUAGUACUUUGGAAUUCAAUUUGAUAGCACAUCCAAACACACCCUUAAUGUCAAUAUCAUUCCGUCAUCAGAUUCUCUUGUCCACAAUCGGAACGGAUCUCUGAGUAAAUUGAUUAUCUGACUAUAGUGAAUUUAUAACAUCUCAAAAGAACCAGCGACUGGAUAGCGAUAACGAUUCUGUGUUAUAUAACAAGUGUUUUAUUGGCAUUGGAUGGCCAAUCUAAGCUGCCUGAGUAUUCAGUGUCAUCAGAUUCCCCGACAAGAGGCACUGUUCUAGAUUAUUGCACGAAAGAUCUUACCACCGUGUGAGAGUUUACAGUACAUCUACUGAGAAUUUUGUCACGUCGAUGAAGAAUUAAACAUGCAAAAUUUGGAGAAAAAUUACAACUUAUUACAUGGGUUGAUAGAGAAGUUUGAUAGAUGGAUCGUCACUGUCGACAUUCCACUACCUAUGAAGAAUCAACGGUUUUUUGUGUUUUUCAUUCUCUGAUUUGUGUAUAAUUCUCGACCAUAUAUUCAAUGUUCGGAGCACACGUAUGUGCUUUUUUGUGCUUUCUCACCACUAGACGAAUGCGAUAGAAGAUUCGGAGGCUCUAUGAUUGGAAGGAAGAAUCAGAAUUCUGUGUAUAGUACGCGUUAAAGGAAAACACAUUCACCUCAUUUAUAUGUGCAUGUGUUAAUAUUUGAAUAUUUCUUACUUGUCAUUCGGGAAAACAUAGCUUGUCAUUCUUGGAGAAGAACAGAUUCUUUUUUGUUGGAAAUGAACACCAAGGAGAAGAUUGAAACUGUGAUUCCGAAUGAAGAAACUAUUGGUGACAUAAAACUGCCAUUCUUUGAUCCUUGUUGGUUUCUAUUCCCACAUUCCAAUUCCAAUACCAAUUCUACACAUGUAUCUUCAUGUGGUGGGGUGAUUCCUCAGCAGCUUCAUCAACCAAGUGACCUGCACUUUCUGUCUGAAUUGCCCAAGAAAUCCGCACAAGUUUCUCAAUCCGGAUUUACACAGGCUAGUUGUCCUGUAACCAAGGCAGAGAAAGUGACAGAACCCAAUUCCAGAUCAUUUGAAAUGACGCGAGCACUUUCAUCUGCUCCCUUACUCGAUGACUUUUGCUCCCAAAGGGCUGAUGGUGUAGAAAACAUCCAUUCAAAAUAUACAAACUUGAAGCGGUUGCUUCCUAAUACGACUCUGAUGGGCAAUUUGAAUUUGAACUCACAACACCUCUACGAGGCCAAAGGAAUCCUCCCUAUUGGGGUAAUGUAUCAGUGCUCUAAUCCUUGGGUAGGUACCUCUGUUGCUCAUACUAUGAUGAAGUCCACAGUGGCUGUGGCCAGCAAAAAGAGAAUUAGAUGGACUAGGGAACUGCAUGGGCAGUUUGUCAAAGCUGUCGAUCAUCUUGGAGGUGCGGCAAAAGCAACUCCGAAGGGGAUAUUAAAACUAAUGAAAUCAGAAGGGUUGACAAUCUCCCACAUCAAAAGCCAUUUACAGAAGUAUCGGACAUCUAAACGCACUCCAAAUUUUCUUGAAGGGAAGAACAGCAGAAGCAACCAUGAGACAGUGCCACUGUUCGACCAGCAAGCAGAUGGAGGACUGCACAUCUCAGAAGCAUUGCAUCUGCAAAUGGAUUUUCAAAAGAGUUUACAUGAGCAUUUGGAGUUCCAAAGAAAUUUACAGAUAAGAAUCGAGGAGCACGCAAAGACCCUCCAGCAAAUGUUUGAUCAGCAAACGAGAAGCUGCAAUUUCUUGAAGAACCAUAACUCAGAAAAUACCAAGUAUACAUCUUUCUUCAUAGAGCGACCGGUAGGGGGAAAUGGAGAUAAAUCAGAAGACUAUUUUCACACGACAGAUGAAUUGAAUUUUCCAUUGAAAACUGGUUGGGAGUAACAAGGAAAUGACUCGGUUCUGUGAGCAGGGUUUUGACUGAUAGAAUUCAAGUCUGUAAUUACCUUAAAUAGGAAAGUAGACUGUCUGAUAUUAAGAACAUCAUAGAAACCUGGACAAGAAUCAACAUGCUCUAAACCAAGCUGAUCAGAAGAGUGGCGGAUAAAUUUCUGAGUGGAUUGGCCUUACUUUGCAUGUCUGUUGACACAACGCACUCACCUUUUCAUGUUACUCAUCCAGUGAUUGAAACUUUUAUAAAAAUGCAUGGACCUUUUUCCUACUA